CAAAAACCUGACGUAAAUGACAAAUUCACUCAUUUCUGGGUUACUUUUUAAAUGAACAAACAAUAAAGCACAAUGGCAGUGGGAUCAGUUAAACCAUUAUCUCUCCCUACACCAUUUAGGCCCCACGACUACGCUUACGAUCCCUUAUUCGUGGUCUCUGGUCCCAAAGAUCACUACAAAGCUGCAUUAUUGGCAAAACUAUCUACUGCAAAAUUUCAAAUAUGUCCAAUUUUUGCAAACAUGUUCUCGGAUUUGCCAAACCACCCUCGCAAACAAUACAUCCGACGCAAAUCUGCCCACUUACCCCCUAGUGGUAGAAGUUACAAGUCGAGACUUCAACCAAACCUUGAUCAACUGUAUUCAAAAAAACCGGAUGUGAUUGGUGCAGAUCGAGCCAAAUAUUUCCACUUCCCCAAAACUAGCAUUGGAGGGGAUUUAGUUCCCGAACUGCAGCUCCAUUAUACAACACCUAGGGAUAAAUCUCCUUCCGUUGUUAAAGUGGAACCGAAGAAUCAAAAUAAGAAAAUUCAGACGGAGUUUAGGGAAUCCUCGGUUCAAACUUCUCCUUGGGAACCCUCAUUUGUGUUCAAGGGGGAUACUCCGCCCGAAUUGUUAAAACUUGAUUUUCUUAAAUGGGGUAGUGGUUUGCCCCCUGGCAUGCACGAGGUGCAACUCCUGGAGAGAGCUAGAAUGAAGAGAGCUUGGGAAGAAAGGUGCGAAGUUAGAACUGCUGAAGACUUGGAGAAAAGGAGGACUAUUAUAGCAGCUAUGGAACGAGACGAGUGGGCUUUCAGAGAACAAGAAAUACAAGAUAUUCAAGAUCUCAGACUAAAACUUUUAGAAAAAAUGUUAAAUGAGCUUCACGAAAAGUCAAAAAACAGAAGUGAGGCCAAAUUGAGAAUGUUUGCCGAGAUGAAAUAUGCUGAGAAAGAACAAAAAUUGAAGAAAUUGCGUGACAAAACAAAACGAGAACUGCGAAAGUUAGAUUUGAAGCAUGCUGGAAUUGAACAGAAGUACCACUCUGUUAACAUUGUGGAAGAACAUGGCAACCACGCCUCCGAGAUUUACGGUCCUCUGAUGAGGCACGGCGAACAUCCGAAACGUUGGCACUUAGUAAUCGACGAAGCGCUCACACGCUUUAAAGCUCAAUUUGCCGGUGUUGAAGACUUCAACACUUUACCAACAUGGCUCAAUAGAGCAACGAAAAUAAAAGACUGCAUGUGUUUGAAAAUGAAAGGCACACGUCUGUGCAUGAGAGAAACAAAAUGGACAGCUCCUGUAUUGAAAAAGCUUCAUGAGGAGCUUUUAGCACUACGAAAGCACGAUCUUAAACCUUGCACUUUAAUUAAGAAAAUUCAAACUCCACCUUCUGCAAUUAGCACGCCUGAAGUUGAAGGCAUUCCUGACGGCGAUGAAGACUUUUACCAAGCAAUGGUGUUGAUACAAUCGAUUAUAAAAGGACGAGCGGCUCAAAUGCAUAUAUAUGAAGGUCGUGAGAGAUGUAGAGAGUUAAUCCAAGAACUGAAAUAUUCAAGUGGCCUCUUAGUUGAAGAAAACGUCCAAAUACAUGACUAUAAAUUAAAAAUAAAAUUGCAACAAAGAAAUGAACAAAUCGCAUUAGAAAAAGUAAAAAUGAUCAAAUAUUUUGUCACUAUUCAAUCUUUCCAGCUUUUCAGAUUACGAGAAAGUCUGGAUGAGCUCCAAAGUAGCGUAGUUGGAUCAUUGUUAGAUUUUCUUAACAAAGAGUUGCGUCGAUUACUUGAAGAGCGUCGAGCCCAUGCCAUUUGUAUUCUUCUUGAACGUGAAAGAUAUGACCGAGAAGCAGCUGAAGCUGGUCGCAGACAAGUCGAAUUAAGACGUAGACGUGAACACGAUGAAAUGUUCAAACAAAUUGUCAAAAUCCAACAAGAAACUGUUGAUUUAUAUCUUGAGGAUAUUAUCAAGGAAAGUAUGGAAUUUACGUCUGAAGAAGAAGCGAGAAUGUACAUCGAAGGUCUGGCGAGGAAAAUUGAUGAAGAGGCGUAUAGAAUAAAGGAGGCCACAAAUAUAACCAUCAACGACGAAGAAGAAAUCGUGGCGGACCUCGUCCACCACUUCGUCGUCCCGGAAGUGCAAAAGCAAAUAAUCCGUCAGAAAAUCCAGAGAAAACAACGCGAAAAAUUAAGAGCAGUCCACGACUCUGUUUAUUCCGAAAUCGAAGAAGUAAACAUCAUCCAAGUGCCGGAGCAAUCAGAUCAAACAAGUGAUCAAACUGAUCAAGAAUAUAAUUUGGUUGGAAGUAGCAAAAAGUUUCGACAACAGUCCAUUCCCGGUGGUAUUGUUGAAGACAGACACUUUAGUAUCAUUCAUGAAGCGACUCAUGACACCACUUCUCACGUCAGUUCUGAAGGGAAACGUCGUCAAAGUGAUACAAGUAGCAAAGUUAGUAAAGGUCAUCGCACGUCUAAAACUAAGCACGAAGAAGAUUCACUUGAUCACGAAUGAAUAAAUUUUAUUAAAUUAUUUAAAGUACACAAUUAAACUGGUUUAU